GCAGCAGCGGGCGGCGGAGCCGGUACAGUGUAGCAGCGGCGGCGAACUACAGUGUAGCCAGCCGGUCCGGUACAAUGUAGCGGCAGCCAGGUGGGAUGCUAUGGAAUAUGAUGAGAAGCUGGUUCGGUUCCGGCAGGCCCACCUCAACCCCUUCAACAAGCAGCUUGGACCAAGGCAACAUGAACAGGAACCCAAUGAGAAGGCCCAAGAAGUCACUUCUGAAGAGACUCUGCCUGAGCUACCCGCUGGGGAGCCUGAGUUCCGGUACUCAGAGCGCAUGAUGGAUCUCGGCCUGUCUGAGGACCACUUUUCCCGCCCUGUGGGUCUCUUCCUGGCCUCGGAUGUCCAGCAGCUGCGGCAGGCAAUCGAAGAGUGCAAACAGGUGAUCCUGGAGCUGCCAGAGCAGUCGGAGAAGCAGAAAGACGCUGUGGUGAGGCUGAUCCACCUCAGGCUGAAGCUCCAGGAGCUGAAGGACCCCAAUGAGGAGGAACCCAACAUCCGGGUUCUCCUAGAGCAUCGCUUCUACAAGGAGAAGAGCAAGAGCGUCAAACAAACCUGUGACAAGUGCAAUACCACCAUCUGGGGCCUCAUCCAGACCUGGUACACCUGCACAGGGUGUUAUUACCGCUGUCACAGCAAGUGCCUGAACCUCAUCUCCAAACCAUGUGUCAGCUCCAAAGUCAGUCACCAGGCAGAGUACGAGCUGAACAUCUGCCCCGAGACCGGGCUGGACAGCCAGGACUACCGCUGUGCCGAGUGCCGCGCUCCCAUCUCUCUGCGAGGUGUGCCCAGCGAGGCCCGGCAGUGUGACUACACCGGCCAGUACUACUGCAGUCACUGCCACUGGAACGACCUGGCUGUCAUCCCUGCGAGAGUGGUACACAACUGGGACUUUGAGCCCCGCAAGGUGUCCCGUUGCAGCAUGCGCUACCUGGCCCUGAUGGUGUCUCGGCCAGUGCUCCGGCUCCGGGAGGUUAACCCUCUGCUGUUUAACUAUGUGGAGGAGCUGGUGGAGAUCCGGAAGCUGCGCCAGGACAUCUUGCUUAUGAAGCCAUACUUCAUCACCUGCAAGGAGGCCAUGGAGGCGCGACUGCUGCUGCAGCUCCAAGACCGCCAGCACUUUGUGGAGAACGACGAGAUGUACUCCAUCCAGGACCUCUUGGAGGUGCACAUGGGCCGUCUCAGCUGCUCGCUAACGGAGAUCCACACGCUCUUCGCCAAACACAUCAAGCUGGACUGUGAGCGGUGCCAAGCCAAGGGGUUCGUCUGUGAACUCUGCAAGGAAGGUGACGUGCUGUUCCCAUUCGACAGCCAUACAUCCGUGUGCAGCGACUGUUCAGCGGUCUUCCACAGGGACUGUUAUUACGACAACUCGACCACGUGCCCCAAGUGUGCCCGGCUCACGUUGAGGAAGCAGUCACUAUUCCAGGAACCUGGUCUGGACUUGGAUGCCUAGAACACCGGAGGAGAACGCCAGGCACUGUAUCUGCCCCUCCGGCUGCCGCCUGCUGGCCUUGCCCACCAGAUGUGCAUUCUACUCUGGAGACUCCCCGAGUGCAUCCUCCGGGCCUCUUCGUCUCUUUCGGGCCAGAAGGAAGUGACUAGUGGCCCCCAGGACUCUUAUUUCUCAGGUGCUUGCUGAGACUUCGAGUGUGUAUACCUGGCUGUUUAUUGGGUGUGCUGCUAUGAGGGGUCAAAAUGCUGCCUGUGCCCCAUUGUAGGACACCUUAGGCAGAGGAGCCUGGGUGUGACUCUCUAGGAAAGUCACUCUCCUAUGUUAGAGAGCCCUCCAGGCCUUUAAAUCCAAUCCUUCUGCGCCAUAGAGAUGGCCUUGCUCCUGUCUAGAACACCCUUACAACUGGUCAGAGACUUCAGAGGCCUGUCCAGCGAGAAGAUCCCUCCUGACUGAGUUUUGUCUCUGCUGAGGAAGAUUUAGGUUCUACUUAGAGGCUCCCAACCCUCUUAGCACCUUGUCUCCUUAGGGACAUCUGGAUUUCUCUGACUGGGGCUGUUCACUACAGUGUCCCAUGGACGGACCUUCCCCGGCAUCCCGAGAGUCGUCACCCUCAUCCUCAGUCUGUCAGUCACGUGUGCUUCCCCGCCCCUUUUGUACAAUAGGGAGGGAAGGGGUCUGUGGAGCUUCUCUUGGCAGAUAAGCCUGCUUCUGUCACAGCCUGGUCCAUUUAUCCUGGUGCUCUGAGCUGGGCAGCGAGGGACCCUUCCUAAAGAACAAAGCUCAACCUCCGGUUACAUAGGUGGGUGUGUGUCCGGGCGGGGAGGGGGUUCUAGGUCAGGUGAGCCUGUCAGUUAUCAUUGUCCUAUAUGGCAUUCGGGGGUUAAACUUUCCCACAGGGGUCACUGUCCUGAUGAUGCAGUGCUCUGCUUGAGGAUAGCGAGUUGCUGGGUGUUGGCAUAGGAACCUGAGGCCACGAGCUAGGGAUAGUUGUUAGACUCAAGCAGGAGGCCUAUGGUCCACACAGGAAGGUUCAGGCUUUGAAGGUGGGCAGACCUACACCUUUCCAGUGAGACACAUUCCACCUCCAUGCACACACCCCAUAAAUCCUAUGAUUGAAGAUGUGUGGAGACGAGGGGACCUCAAAAUACGGCUUCUGCCUUUCUUCCUGGGAAGUGGGGGUUGCAUCUGCCCCUUUGCCUUUUGUCUGUGAGUUGCUGUUGACACACACAGGCGGCAGAGCCCAGGACUUGUCACAACUUGGAUUUCCUUCACCUUUAAUGAGGCACAAGAAGGGGCUCCUCAACUAGUCGUUUGAAGCUUAGCUUCCUGGCAUGUUUGAGGGAUGGAUGGACAUACUGCCACCUCCUCUUUACUCCUCUUUACCAUCAGGUAGCUUUACUCAUGCCGUCUCUUCUGUUUCAGUUUUCCCAACUGGAAAAUGUUGGGAAGGUGGAGUUGACCUGUCUCAGGGUGAAAGGUCAGGAGUCCUUUGAGUGUGAUGUGGGUCCACAGUGGUCCCCUGUCCCGCUUCCUCUUUGGUGUGAAAGAGGAUCUUAAAACCAAAUGCCAUUUCCCACACCCCCAAAUCUGUGUGUUUCCUGACAUUGUAUUACAUGUCUGUCCUAAGGCUGUUGGUCCUUCCUGAGCCUCCUGUGUAAUCAACAUCACGUUUCCAACUAUAAAUCAUAGUGUCUAAAGAAAA